AUGAUGAAUGAGCUUAAGAAACUCACUAAGGAAGUUAAAGACUGGAAACUCAAACAUGAAGUAUGUGAAAUCGAAAAGGAAGUACUUCAAGAAGAGUUUGAGGAAUUACAAAUGCAACUCAAUGGCAUGUGCAAGUCCACCAGUCACAUUUCUGUUAGGUCAAACCAGACGACUUAUAGGUUAACUAGAAAAAGACCAACCAGAACCAAGUCGACUAGUAUUAACACUAAUGAAAGACCUAAAAAUAGGUCAGAAGUUAUGUGUCAUUCUGUAACAAAAGUUGGCAUAAAUAUUCUUUUUGUCGUUUUCGUAAAACAAACGUUUCAGGAUGGGUUUGGAAACCAAAAAAUUCUGAACCUGGUAACACUAACCCUCCAAGACCCAGGCAAGCUUGGGUACCUAAAAGAAAGUAAUCAUCUUGUUUCGCAGGAACACCACAGAAUGAGCCGCAAAGGAAAAUGGUAUCUAGACAGUGCGUGUUCUAGUCAUAUGACAGGUGACAAAAACCUGUUCAAAGAAGUUACAAAAAUUGAUGGAGGAAGUGUUAAGUUUGGGGAUGAUUCAAAAGGCAAAAUAAUUGGUACUGGAACAAUUCCCUUCAAUAACAAUUGUGACAUCACUGAAGUUUAUCUUGUCGAUGGCCUCAACUAUAAUCUCUUGAGCAUAAGUCAACUCUGCGACUCAGGAUAUGAGGUAAAUUUUAAGAAAACAGGAUGUGCUAUUGAAGAUGAAUCAGAUAAAAUAGUCCUUCCUGGAAAAAGGUAUGGAAAUGUUUAUAUCCUUGAUAGUUUUGAAAAGAUAGAUGGUCAUAUUUGUUUAUCCUCUAUGUCUGAUGAUCCAUGGUUGUGGCAUAGGAAACUUGGUCAUGCUAGCAUGCAUUUGAUAGAAAAAUUGUCCAAACAUGAGUUAGUUGUUGGUUUACCCAAACUGAAAUUUUCUAGAACUCAUAUUUGUGAUGCAUGUCAAAUGGAAUCUGUACAGGUUAUAUUCGAUGAAAAUAAUCCCUUGGUCGAGAAAGGAAUUACUGCAGGUGAUGAAGAUCAAGCUCAGGAAACUCAGGAGAUAAGAAAAUCUCAAGAGUCGACUGAUACAUCUGUUGCGACAGAGUCAACUAGUGAAGAUAGCAGCAAUGUACCAGAUCAACCAAUCGAGUCAACUACGAAUGUAGUUCGUCCAAAUGAAUGGAGAAGCGAACCUGAAUAUCCUCAAAAAUUCAUUAUAGGGGAUCCAAAUGAAGGAAUGAAAAUCAAGGGAGCUCUUAAGAAGAAAGCAAAUAUUGCAUUAAUCUCUCAGAUUGAUCCAAAAAAGAUAGAGGAAGCACUAAAAGAUUCAAGCUGGGUGCAAGCUAUGUAG